AUGUCCACAAGUCCACAUGUCCACAAGUCCACAAGUCCACAUGUCCACACAAGUCCACAAGUCCACAUGUCCACAAGUCCACAUGUCCACAAGUCCACAUGUCCACAAGUCCACACAAGUCCACAUGUCCACAAGUCCACAAGUCCACAUGUCCACAAGUCCACAAGUCCACAUGUCCACAAGUCCACAUGUCCACAAGUCCACAUGUCCACAAGUCCACAUGUCCACAUGUCCACAAGUCCACAUGUUCACAAGUCCACAUGUCCACAAGUCCACAUGUCCACAUGUCCACAUGUCCACAUGUCCACAAGUCCACAUGUCCACAAGUCCACAUGUCCACUAGUCCACAAGUCCACAUGUCCACAAGUCCACAAGUCCACAUGUCCACAAGUCCACAUGUCCACAAGUCCACAUGUCCACAAGUCCACAUGUCCACAUGUCCACAAGUCCACAUGUCCACUAGUCCACAAGUCCACAUGUCCACAUGUCCACAAGUCCACAUGUCCACAAGUCCACAUGUCCACUAGUCCACAAGUCCACAAGUCCACAUGUCCACAAGUCCACAUGUCCACAAGUCCACAUGUCCACAAGUCCACAUGUCCACAUGUCCACAAGUCCACAUGUCCACAAGUCCACAUGUCCACAAGUCCACAUGUCCACAUGUCCACAAGUCCACAAGUCCACAUGUCCACAAGUCCACAAGUCCACAUGUCCACAAGUCCCACAUGUCCACUAGUCCACAAGUCCACAUGUCCACAAGUCCACAUGUCCACAAGUCCACAUGUCCACAAGUCCACAUGUCCACAAGUCCACAAGUCCACAUGUCCACAUGUCCACAUGUCCACAUGUCCACAAGUCCACAUGUCCACAAGUCCACAUGUCCACAAGUCCACAUGUCCACUAGUCCACAAGUCCACAUGUCCACAUGUCCACAAGUCCACAAGUCCACAAGUCCACAUGUCCACAAGUCCACAAGUCCACAUGUCCACUAGUCCACAAGUCCACAUGUCCACAUGUCCACAAGUCCACAUGUCCACAAGUCCACAUGUCCACUAG